AUGCUCUCCGGCAUCCCUGGCACAGCUGAGUACCUGGACGACAUCAUCAUCGUGGGUCGCUCCCCUGCCGAGCUGCAAGACCGAAUGAGCGCAGUACUCGAAUGCGUGCGGAAUAUGGCUUUCGCCUACAAGUCGACAAGUGCCAAUUCUUCCUCGGCUUCAUUAAGUACUUUGAAUUUGUUUCUGACGUCACUGGUUUUCAUCCAGAUCCUGAAAUCAUUCGGGCCAUCCAACGGAUGCCUGCACCCAAGAAUGCGUCGCAACUUCGUUCGUUUCUUGGCCUGGUCAGCUACUAUAGCGCCUUCCUACCAUCGGUGCAUGACGUACGGGCCCCGCGCAACCGUCUGUUGGAGAAGGAUGCUCCCUGGUGUUGGUCCCCCACUGUGAAAAGGCCUUCACCUAGUUAAAGUCGAUGCUGAGUUCAGAUCUGCUGCUCACGCUCUACGACCCGACGCUGCCGAUCGUUGUUGCUGCAGAUGCUUCCAAUCACGGUGUUGGUGCCGCCAUCUCACAUACUUUCCCUGAUGGGUCUGAAAAGGCGACCAUCCAUGCAUCUCGCAUGCUAACCCCUACGAGAAGAACUACGGGCAAAUAGAGAAAGAGGCUCUAGCCCUCGUGUUUGCUGUCAAGAAGUUUCCCAAACUGUUGUACGGUCGCCACUUCACGUAGUUGACGAAUCACAAACCACUGCUGUCACUAUUCGGUUCGAAGAAGGGCAUUUCCGUCUAUUCAGCCAGUCGACUUCAGCGAUGGAUAACCAUCCUCCUUGGCUACGAUUUCAACAUUCGUUACUGUCGCACUACAGACGUUGGUCAUGCUGACGCCCUUUAUUUCCUCAUCAGCAAUCAGCAGGCACCUGAGGAAGAUUCUGUGAUUGCCGCUAUUUCGAUUGAGGACGGUGUGCGCCGUCAGCUAUCAGACGCCAUACGAGGUACUCCUGUCACUACCGCGGACAUCCGACGUGCUACUGAACACGAUCCUGUCCUCCAUCAGGCCAUCAACUACGUGCAGACCUGCUGA